AUGCCUCUCAUCUAUCUUCCUAAUGAGAUCCUCCUUGAAAUUGCCAAAGAUCUUCUCCCAUCUUCAACAGGCUCUCUGAAUUCACUUCAAACCACCUGCCGCGGUCUCCACCGCCUCUUUGCCCCCCUCCUCACUGCCUAUUUCCACAGAAAUAAGGACACCAUCCUUCUCUGGGCUGCCAGUCGUGGCCUCACCCACCUUGUAGCCCGCCUCAUUGAGGCCGGGGCUAACAUUAACUACCGCUACCCAGCCUUCUUGGACUGCCCCACAGUCCUCGAUCUCGCUGUCGACAGCGGAUGCCUUGAAACCGUCGAACUCCUCGUCUUCAACGGCGUCGACCUUACUCCGAAGCUUGGUGUCUGUUUUCAUGGAGACUCUGUGGUCAGAAAGGCUGUGGAAAUUAAGCAUUAUGAGAUGGUCCAACUGUUGUUGGAGCAUGGUGCCUCGCCCAAUGAGAAGUCUGAACUAGGCUGUAUGUGGGAAGAGAACGAGGAGGAUUGGUGUUUGUGGGAUGAGCCGACGUUGCAUACCGCUAUAAGGACCAAUAAUCCCGCCAUGGUGAAGCUUCUCUUAAUGUAUGGAGCGGACUCUAUUGCGAAGGAUGAAGCGUGUAGGACCCCUCUUGAAGCGGCGUAUGAUAUGAUCUGGGAGAGGAAGAUGAUGGGGGAUCCGGAUUCAGAAUUAUGGGACGAAGCCAUUAGGCUAUUGAUUGAGGCGGGGGGAGAUGUUGAUCACGUGAUGGAUCUUGAAAUUGGGAGUGAGGCGAGGCUAGUGACAGAGGUCGAGGACGAGGACGAGGAGGGGGAAGGCCUUGAAGAUGGCGAUAAUGUUGAUGGCGAAGCUUCUGAAGGGGGAGAAUUCGAAGGCGAGCUUUAG